AUGAAUCGAUUUACUGAGCUAAAUCUCGAUAAGAAGAAUCUUCCACCCGUCGCUGGCUACUGGGCUUAUCCACUUGUUUCACUUGAACAAGCAUUAGUACCUUUGCUGUCUCAAAUCCAUCAGUUAGAACGUUCUAUCGAAGAAGCCAAAAGACACUGUCAUCAUCCAUCGGAACAUGAUCUUACACUUGAUGAAUCAGCCUCUAUAUUUUUAUACACAAUGGAAGCAGGUGAUUAUAGUUUGUAUCGAUUAUUAAACAAAGCAUUACGAGACGAAGAUCGACAUAAAAUCAAGCCAUGGUUCAGUUUUCUGAAAUUAUUUGAUACAGCACUCAGUAAAUUACCGACUGUAAAAGGAAAUGUUUGGCGAGGUAUAUCGAGUGACGUUAGCAAUUAUUAUAACGAAAACGAACUAUUAACUUGGUGGAGUGUAAGCUCUUGCUCAUUAUCGCUUAAUGUUGUCCAAGGUUUCUUAAGCUCGAAUAAAAAAUCGACUCUCUUCAUGAUUGAAGCUGUCAAUGGAAAGAACCUCGCUGGCUAUACUGUUUAUCCCAAUGAGAAAGAAGUGGUGCUAAAAUUGGGCAGUAAAUUUCGUGCCAAGAGCAAUGCAUUGCAUUAUAGUGAUCUACAGAUUGUCCAAUUGGAAGAAGUGGAAAAUGAUGGAAUACGUGAGUAUUUAUAA